CUGUGCGCCAGCCCUCGCGGUGCCGCCGCUAUGGGGAAGAGCCGGUCGCGGGCGGCCAAGGCGGCGAACGUGUUCCGCAUCGCUCGUAGCGCCGCCGCCGCCAAGGCCAAGGGGAAAGGCAAGGGCAGGGCGCGGCCCGUCACCUCCGGGCUGAAGCAGAUAAACAUUAAGAAUGCUGAGAAAGUUAGCACAAUAAACAAAGCAUUUGCUGAAGUCCAGAAAGAAAUACAGCAGAUAUCAAAAGGCACAGCAGCAGAACCUGAGAAGAGUCAUCAGGUUUCCACAAAUGUGGAAGAGGAACCAGUAAAUGUAGAUGCUGCCACAAGCCUAUUAUCUCAGUUGUGAUGCAUAAUGGACAAUGAAGGGAUUGCAAGAAAUGAAGAUCAGAAAUACUAAUAAGCUUUGUUUGUACAAUUUUAUUAAAAAAUCUUGUUAAUAUACAAGUAUUGGCACACUUUUAAUACAAACUACAAACAGACCUUUCCUAUCAUCUAGGAAAGAGGAAUGUCAGAAGUCAGUGUGAGAAACUUAAAGUGCUAAACAAGAAGGCACUUCACAAAAUUGGUUCACUGAAACAAUUUAGCAUAACUCGAGGUGAUGUCCUUCACUUUUCAUCUUGGCAGUGAAAACUUCAAAAUUGUUUGGAAGGUUAAAAUACAGAGAGCUUCUAGGCAGUAAAGCUUCAAAGAAAAUGCUGUUAACUGUGAGCAAGAAGCCUAAUCAUUUUUGAAAAAUGCUCAGAAGACUAUAGAACAUGUUCACUUUUCUUACUAAAGAAAACUCCGAAUAAUUGGAUUACACAGAGGACACACAGGUGAAAAAAUGUGCCAGAAUUUUUUAUAAAAGCCCCUUUUUCCUCAUUGUUAAAUUUGUUUUGUGAAGUAGUUAAAGGAAGCAAAAGGAAAUAAACUCCCAGAGUCAGUGAA